AUUAUUUAUGUUACCUACAAAUAAAAAUUUGUUUCUAGAAAAAGCACGAAAUAAACGUUAAUCGAAUUUCGAUAUAAUAAUGAAUAUCUUUGGUAUGGUGACGCGUAUCUUGACCAUUGUCUUUGGCACACUGCUGCCGGCACGGAAGACCUACAAGGCGCUGGGCGAGUCAGAGCUCAAUGCCUGGGGCAAGUAUUGGGUUGUCUAUGGGCUCUUGGUGUUUCUGGAGGUGCUGGCCGAUGCGUUCUUCUCCUGGAUGCCGCUCUACAAUGAGUCCAAGCUGCUGCUGGUUAUAUGGAUGGUGGUAUCGGCGCCAAGGGCCAGCGUUUGGAUGUUCGAUUCGAUAUUCAAUCCGCUGCUUGCGCCACAAAUGCCCAGAAUCGAUGAAUUUCUGCACCGCGGACGACACAAUCUGCUGCUGGAUGCUCUCAAUUAUAGCUCGCUAUUCUGCUUGCGCAUGCGUGACAUAAUCUUGCCCUGGCUGUCCGACUUCUGGCACAAGUCCCUUAAGCCACAGCCGAGCGCAUUGAAAAAACGGCAAACCAUUACCAUAGAGGAGCAAGUCAUUGAGCCUUCGAGCUCUGUGCUUAUCGAUCCCAAGCCUCAGGAGCAGUUGUAUGUGCAUGAGCUAACCGAAGUGCGUCAGCAGCAGAAGCACUCCCGUUCACAGACUCAGAUGCUAGAGCACAAGGCCAAGAAAUCGUCGCAACAUUCGCUGCCCGAGCUGGCCAAGAAGUUGACCAGCACUGUGCCCAACUUGGCGCGCUCCGCCAGACGCAAGUAUAACUAUAAUCCAGCUGUUGAGGAUGAUGAGUCCUUAUUGCAUGAUAAGGAAGAGACUUUCAUGAACGUCGAGGACUUUCUAGCCAAGUCAAAGAAUGAAUAUCUUAUGGGCGAGCUGCAACAACAGCAGCGUCAAUUGGGCUCGGCUCGCAAGGAUCAUUAUCGCCGUCAACCGAUUUGAAUAUAUAGUACAACACAUAUCAGCUAAAACCCGCAUGCAUAUGCAAAAUUUAAACAAAUUUACUGUGUAACAAUGACUUGGAUUGCUAAUCAAUAUGAUAUUUUUAAGUAAUCUAUUUUAAGUCAACUUGCCAAUAAGAAAAUUAUUAUUUGUUCGAGAUGA